UUUGUCUUAUUCGUAUGGAGGUUGAGAAAGCGUAACAUCAAGAACUCAAAUGCUAAGAGUUGCAUAGAAGCCAACUUUGGCCCCGAAAAAAUGUUGCGUAGUACUCAGAGCGUGUCCAGGAGAAAACCGGGAACAAGAGAAAGGAGAAAUGUCGAAACAAAUAAAGAAAUAGAAAGUGUCGAUACUGGGCUUGAAAUGGCGGAACCUUCUCAAAGAGAGCAGUACAUGGCAUUGGAUGAGCUGAAUCGAUCACCUUCCAUGGCAAAUGGAGGGCUGUCAAAAUGUUCACAGCCUUCCAAGCCAGUCAGUGAAUACACCUCUCUAUAUUCAUCCCCACGGUGUUGGGAGAUUCCUACAGAGCACGUGACCGUAAAAAAGGUCGUUGGUAGAGGAGCUUUUGGUCAGGUUGCCAAGGCAACAGUCAUUGGCCUCCAAGGUAGACCUACGACGACACUUGUGGCUGUAAAGAUGUUGAAAGAUCACGCUUCUGAGUCGGACAGGAAGGACUUGUUGUCUGAACUUCAGUUGAUGAAGGAACUAGAAGCCCAUCCUCAUGUCAUUAAACUUCUGGGGUGUGUCACGAAAUCAGAACCAUUGAUGGUGUUAAUUGAAUAUGUUCCCUAUGGAGAUCUACUGGGACACCUGAUGAAGAGCCGUGGAUUAAAUGAUACUUACUUCGAAGACUCCGAUAUUAAAUCACAAACAAAUCUGACUUCAGAGCAGCUAAUGAAGUUUGCGUGGCAAGUUGCUGAUGGAAUGUCCUAUUUGUCAUCGAUACCAAUUAUCCAUCGAGAUCUUGCAGCUCGUAAUGUGUUGGUUGGAGAAGAGGAAACGUGCAAAGUUUCAGACUUUGGUAUGGCCAGGGAUGCCCAAGAGGACAACAUUUAUCAAAUGAGGUCAAAGGGACGUCUCCCUGUAAAAUGGACUGCUCUUGAGGCGCUACUGUACGGAAAAUAUUCCACAAAAAGUGAUGUGUGGAGCUUCGGAGUUCUCCUCUAUGAGAUUUUCACGAUUGGUGGUUCACCAUAUCCAGAAAUGAAUGGAAGACAGAUCAUAACAUUGCUAGAAGCGGGAUACAGAAUACCUAAACCACAACACGUGGAUGAUAAAUUGUACGAAAUAAUGACAAGCUGUUGGAAAGACGAUCCUGACUCGAGACCAUCUUUUCAGAACUUGAAGAACAAGCUGAAAGAAAUGGAAGAUCAGCAGAAGGGGUUGAUAGACUUUGAAAAUUACGAUGAUCGACUCUACGUUAAUGUUGACGAUGUUGCUGUAUAAGUAAAUGAAUUCUCAUGGAGCAAAGGAAGGAGUGAUAAAUCUUGCAGCCUUAUAAGCUCAUAUACUAUUCUGGAUUUGACGUUAACCUUUCAUUGUUUUAAUUAAGCAAGUCUACAAAAAAAUGUCUAAGAGCGAAGCGAGGCAAAGUAUAACUUUCAAAUACUUUUAUAUCCCUUUUUUUCAAUUUUUAGUCUUUAAAAGACAAACGAUUUUGUAUACAAAUAUUUUAAAGUCGUAACCGAUAAUUCUUUAUUAACGUUAUAAAUUUCUCAUGUUUCAGACUAAAUAAUUAUUUUGAUGUAAAAUGUUUAAAAAAUAAUCGUUGUCCCAGUAAAUAGCCUGAAAGGCUUGAUAAAUGUUGUGACCGUCCUACUAAGCCCCGAAUUCAUUUUUUCCUGAUGAACUUGGUAAAACGUAUCACCUGAAACAAAGCUAAUUGGCUGCAGAGGGAGAGGGGGGAACAUGAGUUUUAUGUCUCAGUCUUUGUUUUUGUUGCUUUAAUUGUAGCUCACCUUUGAAGAUUAAUUUUUCAUCAAUCAUCCUCAGGGCUUCCUGACACAACAACAAUUCAAUUGUAAGAUGUUACACAAACUUCGGAUUGUUUAGUGAAAUGGCUUUGAAAUAUUGAAAUACCCCCCUCAGACACAAACGUUCGUUUCAAAUUAGUCAACCGUCGUUUCCUGUAAAGGUCGCACUGCAUGGCAUUAUAGAGUCCUUCACCAAUCAGCUAUUCACCUCUUCUUCCGUGAUAUAUGAAUAUAGUUAAACAUAAUAAUCUGGGCGACGAAUAUUGCAUUUCUAGUGUUUUUGUCGGUUCGAUAAAUUCGGUCUAUCAGUUCAGGUACUGUAUUGCCUUUCAUGGAAAAUAAUCCUCUCAAGUAUUGCUGAGCUAGAUUUACUUUUAGCUGGAAGCGAAUACUUUUCUAGUGCAAUGAGAAUAAAGUU